ACGUAUUAUACUACUAAUUAUUAUAGAGGCCUGCGGCCCAUCUAAAGAACUAGGACGACCUUAGGGUUUUGAUAUAAAAAGCGUGACGAGUCCUCAUUCUCUCAGCCUAAUAAAAAUCCCUCUCUCGGUUGCGAUGAUGGUGUGCGGUCUUUUGUUAUGUGAUUCAUGUCGGGUAGUCCUGGAAAACUUCAGUUUUGCUGGACAGAGCCAUAGUGUUCAGUGUGGGAUUCGAAGCACAUAUGAGAGUAGAACUAGUGCAGUAAGAGAAGAGCUUAUGAAAUUUAAAGAUGCCUUGCAAAUUGGCGAUGGUGAUGACAGUGAUGACAGUGAUGACAGUGAUGACAGUGGUGGUGUCGUUGGAAUUGCCUCCCGACUUUUUGUGAGGUCAGAUGACAAAAACUUCAUCAAAGGGCGCAGAUCUGAACUAGUACUCGCUUCCUGUCUCUACUAUGCUUGCAGGAAAUACGAACUUCCUCUUCUUCUUAUUGAUCUUUCAAGCUACCUUGGAGUUGCCGUUUGCGAGUUAGGUUCUGUGCUCUUGCAACUCUGUAAAGAAGCCUUCGGUGUGGAUUACUAUGAGGAUCUUGUUGAUCCUUCAGUCUUCAUUCCUCAAUUCACAAACGGCUUAUUGGAAAGUGGACUUGACGAUGAAUCAACAACAAAGGUCAUUGGAACGGCUAUCAAUAUUAUGGCUAGUAUGAAGGGAGAUUGGACGCAGACCUGCCGGAAACUAAGCGGAAUAUGUGGUGCAGCAAUUUACAUAGCUGCCCUUUCUCAUGAUAUUGCAGACGUGGGUGAAGAAACAAUAACCUCUAUAUUGAUUGAGUUUGCUAAUACUGAAGCUGCAUGUUUAACUGUUGAGGGGCUCAAAAAAAGCGACAGUACAUUGCUUGAAAAACCUUUUACGCCAAGACCAAAUUCUGACAAAGAAGUUGUGAACUGUAAACAUAAGGAUUCAAAAAGUUUUGGUUAUGGAUUAUGUGAGGUCUGUCACGUUAAGUUCAUUGAAGUGUAUGCUGCUUUCCAGCAAGCAGUGAAGGAGAGAAAGGAAAAAGAAGAAAAUGAGGAGAAGAAAAGUGAAGCUUUAGAUGACCUCGAUGGUGAUCCUGUGGAAUCUAAGAAGCUUUCGCAUCCCGCAUCCACAGCUUGGACCAGAAUGCAUCAGAGCAAGGGACGCUUCGAUCAUUCCAGAAUUAAGAAAAGGAAGAUAAAAAAGAGGAUGAAGAACAAGACAAGAAGUAAUACCAAAGACAAGACGUGAAAGGAGACUAGAAAACAAGGGAAAUAAUCUAUUGUCUCUGUUGCAACAGUUUUUAUAAAACUUAUGGAGAUGUUUGUUCUAAGACUUAACUGUUGUGUUUUGCUACAUUCGUUUAAUGCAUUAUUAUAUUACUUAAU